UACCGGCUGAGCUGCUGCGACAAAGAGCGGGCAGAUUAAUUGUGCGAGUGGCUAAAGUUUGCCGAGAGUGUGCGUUCAGGGAUUGCAGUAAUUUUGGUGCCAACAGUGUUGUUUUCCAGCCUUCACGAUGUAUCGCAUAGUGACCGUUUCUGUAGUACCGGUGGCAUUGGUGCUCUUGUCUCUGACCAAAACAGGACUGGCGCUUGAGUGUGACUUUUGCUAUGGUGAGGACGAUUGCUCGCUCGGAAUCGACGUCCCUGUGGUAAGGUGCGAUGAGGAUGCGGUUCAACUGACUAACAGCAGCUUGGCCAGCUUCAUUCGACCAUUGCGGACUACGUUGCCAACAGUACAUGAGCGGUACGAGUGCGUGCACGUGCGAGCCACUUCUGUCAGCGGCCACGUGUUUCUGUUUACUCGCGGAUGCGUUCACCGGUUGGAAGGAGGAAGAACUUUUUGCUCCCUUCCGUAUGCCGCUUUCCAGGGAUCUCUCGAGUGCCUGGCCUGCGAUAAGGCCGAUCGGUGCAAUAACAUUCCCGUGCCUCAGGACUCGGCAGGAUCUAGUGUACGACAGAAGCUUUCGCUUGUUUCGCUGAUGAUCUGCGUCCUGUCAAUGACUUCUCUACUCUUAAUGGAUAAUGCUUUCAGGUGAUGAAUA